UUUACCCUUCUUCAACUUACACCAAACAGUCUCACUCUCAAGGCACCCUUAUGGCUUCCACUGAAGAUUCCAUCAACCCGCUUCCGUCGCAACAACAGCCGAUUAUACAGCCGCCGCCGCAGCAACAACCGUCUUCUCUGGCGCAGUAUCCAGAGAUGAUUAUGGCUGCAAUUGAGGCGUUGAAUGAGAAGACCGGCUCGUCUAAAGCGGCGAUCUCGAAGCAAAUGGAGUUAGCAUACUCGGAUCUGUCAGCGGCUCACUCUACACUGCUCUCUCAUCACCUAAACAAGUUGAAAGAAAGCGGCCAGCUUGUUAUGGUGAAGAACAACUACAUGAAGCCGGACCCAAACGCGCCGCCUAAGCGGGGCCGAGGUCGUCCGCCGAAGCCGAAGACCCCGUUGCCACCUGGCACCGUAAUUUCCCCACCCAGGCCACGUGGACGUCCACCCAAGCCAAGAGAUCCCUUCGCUCCACCAGCUCCACCUAAAAAGAAGAGCUCAACCGGGAGCGGAAGGCCACGUGGAAGACCUCCAAAGAAGGCCAAGACAACUCCCGCUGCGACGCCCUCAGCCGCGCCGAACACCACCGGCGCACCCAGAGGCAGAGGACGGCCGCCGAAGGUGAAACCGGCAGUGGCGCCGGUGGCCGGCUGACAGAAAAAAAAAAGUUAAUAAGCAAGCGAGUGAUAGAGAGAGAGACGUUUAGGGUGUUUAGUGUGGUAGUUUAGUUUCUACUAAUUGGUGUUUAUCUUCAAUUAAUAUUUAAUUAAAUUUUAAUUUAUGUAAUGUGACCGUAAUUCGCAUGUAAAAAUUGUUCAGCGGCUGUUUAGGCUUUUUCGUCUUU